UUUGCCUUCCUGAGACAAACCUAGGAGGAGAAAUCCUCAGGGCCUGAUAAGGCAUCCCCUCGAACCCUGCAGGAGGCAAGUGCCAAAGUUACCAACGACCUGGCAGAGAUAUGUAAAUUAUCCUUAGCAACAGGUGAGAUACCAGAAGAUUGGAAGAUAGCCAAUGUUGCUUCCCUUGUGCUGGGGCUAUACGGCGUUGAGGCGCGUCCCCUGGGUGGUGGAUGGGGGAUCCCUCGUGUGAGGGGUGCACUGGAUAAUAUGGAAGGUGGUGCUGCAAACCAACGUAGCCUAGGAGAAGGAACUCCAAUUCCAAACCCAGGUAGAUAGGACUCAUUAGCCUUGGAUGGCAGCCUAUCUAGGAGAGGGUAAACUCUGAUUUCAAACCCGGGCAGGUGGAGCUCGUUAGCAUGGAAAUGCCAUCGCCCAGGGGAAGGUGACCCCGACAGAAAACCCCUGGUCCUCCAGGUUGGGGGUUGUGCAAUGGGCUAACAAUACUUUCACGUAAAACAAGCAAUUAUUACAGAAACCGUCAACAGAUUGUCAACCACUAACCCAGAUCUCGGGAAAAGCAGGGCCCCAUUCAGGAAGCUGAUGACGCGCUGCAACCAAACCCAUCAGGAAGCUGCAGGGCUGACAACCCUCCUUCAUCCGAGGAAAACCAUAAUGGAGGUUCCAAAGCUGCUCUCACAGAAGAAAUCUAUCCUAAUCAGAACAUGGAAUGUGAGAUCGCUUUGGGAGACAAGUAGGUGCGCACAGGCAGUGAAGGAAAUGAACCGAUACCACCUCACACUCCUGGGCAUGUGCCAAGCAAGGUGGAAUACUUUUUGUGAGACCAAACUGCAGACGGGAGAAACACUGCUCUAUUCCAGCAAAGAAAAAGAGGAAGACCCACAUGAGGCUGGUGUGGACGUGAUGAUGUCCAAAGAAGCAGCCAGAAGUUUGAUAGAAUGGGAACCAGUGUCCGACUGUAUCAUCACAGCCAGGUUCGAGUCCAGAUUCCAGAAGGUAUCCAUUAUCCUGUGCUACGCCCCAACUAACAACGCAGAGGAAGAAGAAGAUCUCUUCUACAUCCAGCUUCAAGCAGUAGUUGGAAAGGUACCUAAGCAAGAUAUGUUGAUCGUCAUGGGAGAUCUGAAUGCCAAAGUAGGCAGCGAUAACACUGGCAGGGAGAGAGAGAUGGGCCAGAAUGGUUUGGGGAAUAUGAAUGACAAUGGAGAACUCCUUACCGACUUCUGUGCCUUCAAUGAGCUGACCAUUGGAGGUACCCUCUUUCCCCACCGACGCUGCCACAAGAUAACCUGGGUCUCACGUGACCAUCAAACAGAGAACCAGACUGAUCACACGGAACAGAACAAAAAAGAUUUCCACAUCGCCUUGCAAAACCGCUUUGGGGCUCUUCAAAUAGAGGAACAAGACGAGAGAACAGCAGAACACGCCUGGAUUACCUUCAAGCAGGCCACUGUAGGAGCCUGCGAAGUAGUACUGGGAAGACCACCAGUCAACAGUAAACCUUGGAUCAGGGACGAGACAUGGCAGAAGAAACAAAUCGCCGCCAACAGGUACAGCGUGAUGGCCAAGGAGGUGAAGAAACAGCUCAGAAAGGACAAGAGGUCAUACUUCAAUGAAAUAGCAGAGCAAGCAGAAACAGUGGCCUGUAAAGGGGACCUCAAGGCACUCUACACAACAACUAAACUUUUGAGAGGGAAGAGAAGCAAUUUCAACAGACCUGUUAGAGACAAGACAGACCAUCUGAUCACUUCGGUUGAAGAUCAGCUGGCGAGAGGGAAGGAACACUUCACGGAAGUACUGAAUAGACCACCACCACAGAACCCACCUGACCUGGAGCCUGGAGGCCCACUCAACAUCAAUAUAGGUGAAAUCACCAAGAAAGAAAUUCGAAAAGCCCUGAAAAGCCUGAAGAACGGCAAGGCUACUGGAGAAGAGAACAUUCCUGCAGAAGCAUUGAAAGAGGGUGGAGAGGUUAUGGUGGACUAUUUGCAUAUACUCCUGAAUUUGAUAUGGAGAACAGGAGAGAUCCCAUCAGAUUGGAAGAAGGGCCUCCUUGUGAAGCUGCCAAAAUCUGGAUAUCUUUCACUGUGUGGCAAGUGAAGGGGGAUCACCUUGUUGUCCAUUCCUAGCAAAGUUCUCACCAGGGUCAUUUUGGAGCGGAUGAAAGACGCCAUUGACCAGAGACUUAGAGAUGAGCAGGCAGGGUUCAGGAAAGAGAGAUCAUGCAUUGACCAGAUAGCUACACUUAGAGUCAUUGUGGAGCAGACAAUAGAAUGGCAAACUCCACUAUAUGUGAGUUUUACUGAUUUUGAGAAGGCAUUUGACAGCCUGGACAGGAAGUCAAUGUGGAGCAUCUUACGACACUAUGGUGUACCGGAAGAGAUGGUGAAUAUCAUCAAGCAGCUUUAUGAUGGCUUCUCAUGCAGCGUCAUCCACGAUGGGAGACUGUCCGAAGAGUUCCUGGUCACUACUGGAGUCAGACAGGGAUGCCUGCUGUCGCCUCUACUUUUUCUUGUGGUACUCGACUGGGCUCCAAGAACAGCCUAUGCUGGCUCAGAGAGAGGCAUCCAGUGGACGUUAAAAGGGAAAUUGGAAGACCUGGCAUUUGCAGAUGAUCUCGCUCUUCUCUCACACCGCCUUCAAUAUACGCAGAAGAAAGUAGAUUCCUUGGGAGAGACUUCACAGCGAGUAGGCCUUAAGAUCAGUCAGGAGAAGACCAAAGUUCUACGCAUUAAUAACAAACAAGAGGAGCCAUUACGGAUUGAAGGACAAAUACUUGAAGAUGUAGACAAAUUCACCUACCUCGGAAGCAAAAUCAGUAAAUCAGGAGAUACAGCUGAGGACAUCAGAGCAAGGAUUGGAAAAGCCCAACAUGCCUUCACAACCCUGCAACCUGUUUGGAGAUCUAUGGCCAUCUCUGUCAAAACUAAGCUCCGUAUAUUCAGCUUCAAUGUGAAAGCCAUCCUGCUAUAUGGAUCCAAAACAUGGAGAAUCACUAACACCAGCUGCAACAAAAUCCUCCGCCUCAAGUGGUAUGACAGAGUGUCAAACCUAGAUCUAUGGAAGAGAGCAAACCAAGAGCCCACUGUAUUCCAGAUAAGGAGGAGGAAGUGGAGAUGGGUCGGCCACACCUUGAGGAAGAGCCAGUUGAAUGUCACUUGA